UUGAAUGGAUUGCUGCAGUGUCCUUAGCUGCUGGAGCCGCUGCUGUUGGGUAUCUAGCUUACAAAAAGUUUCUCUGUAAAGACAAAUGCCGCAAAGCAAUGGUGAAUAUCCAUAUCCAGAAGGAUAACCCCAAGGUAGUCCACGCAUUUGAUAUGGAAGAUCUGGGAGACAAGGCUGUGUACUGUCGUUGUUGGAGAUCUAAGAAGUUCCCGCUGUGUGAUGGCUCUCACACAAAGCAUAACGAGGAAACUGGUGACAACGUUGGGCCUCUGAUCAUCAAGAGGAAGGAGGCAUAGAGUGGACAGUAGAAGCUACAAAAUGAAUGUCUGACAAAUCCUCUGCUCACUUGUAAUUGGGGGAAAAACCACAAAUUCUUUGUCACGUCACUGAAGACUUUCCAGUGUAGUACAUACAUCAGGCUUCAGCAUGUGUAUUUUCUCUGGUGCUUGUCUUGUUUUAAUCACUACAAUGCAUAAUUUA